CUUGUUUUUCAAUAUUAUUCGUUUACUUUCAAGCUGCUAAUAUUUUAAAGCACUACUACCACGGAUCGAUGUUAUCAAAACAACCCAAUCUAGCUGGUCGCUUGGCGUUUAUAUUGCUCUGCUUUUUGGAUCUUGGUCUCGUCAGAACAGUACCGUUAUUACGAAGAUCCGCGGUAUCUCCUCAAAGUGAUGAGUUCAUUGAAAGUGAUACGUUUAUUCUCGAGACUUACAAAAACAAACUUGAAGAAAUGGAUGCAAAGAACUUGAAGAGUCAUGCCCCUACACACAAAUUACUGGGCACAGACAGUGACAAAACUUCCGUUUCAAAGGUUUCCAACCACGACGAAAUUUAUCUCGAGGAGCUAGCUCAGCUCAAAGUCGAAAACGAAGCCCUGAAGAAAGAGUUAGCUGGUCUUGAACAAAAGACAGAUCUUGAUAAUCAAAAUGAGGAAGUCAUCACUGAUAAUGAUCUUAACUACCCUGUCCUACCUGACACACCGAAGCUUCUAGAUUCAGUGAUCGAACGUAAACGAGGGACCUGGCAUACGCUUGAUCUGGACGAUGAUGAACCGCCUAAAGAGCAGGAGCGACUAGAGCAGGCUGGUAAUCCCAGUUUUGGGCACGUUGGAAUAGGAAGAACCAACUUAUCUCCUGAUGCUGAAAAGAUUAUCAGUACUGAUACUGUUAACAAGGAGAACGUUAACGAAAAAAGCUCCAAUCAAGAAUAUCCUGUAUUCAAGGCAGUAGCCACUGCUACUGGGGAUGAUAAGAUUGAAGUAGAGCGAGGUAGAGACGAAAAAAAGACUGCGUCGACCGACGUGGUUACCCUGACUGUUGCCGCUAUCGCUCUCCUUUGUGCGGCAGUAUUCAUAGUGUUCACUGCAGUGCAGUGGCGAAAAACUUUGAAAGCAAUUAAAAUCGAUCAGAUGAAAAGCAACCAAAGUUUAAAAAGUAUGAGAAAUGAGAUUAAGAAAAUGACAUCUAUGAGUUCCAUAAACAUAAAGAAUUCGAGGAACUUGUGAACAAAGCGAUUGCAGAUGAUAGUAGUGGUCCAAGUGGUACAACUAACUCGGGUUCUAGACACAACAUAUCAUUAUCACAAGAUUCUUCGUUAAGCAGUCUUGGAACUGAAAGAGUUUCAGUUAAAAGUGGAAUAUUUUCCAGUCACUAUAGAAACGAUGAUGUUUCGGAACCAUCGACCGGACAGGUCUCAAAGCGAACUUCGGCACGCCCGGCCCCACCUGGAAUUAGAAAAUCAAGUAGAGGAAAAAAAUUGCGUUCAUCGGCCAUUCACAGGGAUCCCACUGAGAGAGAUGAACUGCUCGAGUAUGAAGAUGAUUCAGAUUAGAAAUAGAUGCAUUGGUUCAGGACAAAUUUGUGCAUCCAUCAUUUUAGUCACAUUGGGGCUUGGGCAUCAUUUAAUUCGGGCGGAGGAGGCGAUGAGUCCCGAAGAAUGAAACAGCUGAAUACGAUACAAGAUAACUGUGUAUCAGAGUAGAGGCUGCGCCUCUGAAUACAUGCACUUCAAUAAUCGUAUUUGCAUAGUUUUCAGUAUAGUAUUUUAGAUUCAGACUAUAUUUUGAAAUUGAGGUCGCCGAUUCACGAUUACAUUCAUUUUCAUCUUUUAAUAUAAGUGUGAAAAUAUGUAUGCUUCUAAUUGUGAUGCUUUUGAUUAACAAUAUCUUCUGAAUAU